AUGGCACCUCGUAGAAAACGCCAGCGACUGUCGGAGGACGGCGCCUCAGCCACGACGGCUCUCGCAGACGCCGACGAACCCUCUCAUACCACCGCAAGCCCCUCCAAAGCUACCCAGUCGCGCAGGCAGCUCUUCGUUCGCUCCCUCGCUUCCUCUGUCACCACCGAAGACCUCACCGAUUUCUUCUCUGAGAACUACCCUAUCAAAUACGCUCUCGUCGUUCUUGACAAGGAAACAAAGGCUUCGAAGGGCUAUGGCUUCGUCACAUUCGCCGACGCCGAGGAUGCGCAGCGCGCAAAAGAGGAACUCGAUGGAGCUGACUUACAAGGCAAGAAGAUCAAGGUUGAGGUCGCCGAGGCGCGUCAUCGUGAUGCGGAUACCGCUGCGCCUGCAGUUUCUGCGGGUGCGAGAGCGAGAGCCGAGCGCGAACAGGCGAUAAAGGAAAACCAGGCGCCGAAGCUUAUUGUACGGAAUUUGCCUUGGAGUAUCAAGACGCCGGAGCAGCUUCAGAAGCUGUUCUUGAGCUAUGGAAAGGUACACUUCACGAAGCUGCCCAAGAAGCCGACCGGCGAGCUGAGAGGUUUCGGAUUUGUGGCACUCAGAGGAAAGAAGAAUGCAGAGAAGGCGAUGGAGGAGUUGAACGGAAAGGAAAUCGACGGUAGGCAAAUUGCUGUGGAUUGGGCGGUCGACAAGGACGCUUGGCAGGAUUUGCAGAAGCAAUUGGAUGCUGAAGAAGUCAGGCAGAAAGACGAGUCCAAAGAGGGUGAUGAAGAUGAGGACGAGAACGAUAGAUCUUCAGCUGAGGGCUCGGAAGAGGACGACGACGCAGGAAGUGACGACGAGAACGAAGAUGACAGCAAUACCGACUACGAAGACGUCUCUGACAGCGACGAAGAAGGCGGCAUAGCCCUCGAAGAUGCCAAACCCAGAGCUCCCGAUUACACCGUCUUCAUCCGAAACCUUCCCUUCACAGCCGACGACGAUAGCCUCUUCGAGCACUUCAAGCAAUUUGGUCCGAUCGCGUACGCUCGAGUUGUGAUGGACCACGAAACCGACCGACCAAAAGGCACUGGCUUCGUUCGUUUCUACAAAGAAGAAGACAUGAUUGAUUGUCUAAAGGGCGUACCAUCAACAAAGUUGCAACGAGUCACCGCCGAUCGAAGAGACGGUACACAGAUCACCAUCGCACACUCUGUCCUAGAAAACGAAGAUGCCGACCCAACGGGCCGCUACACAAUGGAUGGCCGAGUCCUCCAGAUUUCCCGCGCUGUCGACAAAACCGAAGCUGUACGCCUCACUGCUGAAGGGCAAGCUUCGCGUUUUAAUCGUGACAAGGAUAAGCGCCGUCUGUACCUCCUCUCUGAGGGUACUCUCGAUACUAAAUCACCUUUGUACCAGAAACUGUCUCCAUCAGAGAUCAAGAUGCGACAAGAGAGUGCAGACCAACGCAAGAAGCAGAUCGAGAAGAACCCCUCGCUGCAUCUUUCUCUUACCCGUCUCGCAGUUCGCAACCUUCCCCGCACUGUCACGUCCAAAGAUCUCAAGGCUCUCGCACGCCAGGCUAUUGUCGGCUUCGCCGCCGACGUCAAGGAAGGCAAGCGACAGCGCCUGUCGGCCGAAGAACUGGCUCGUGGCGGUGACGCCAUGCUCAAUGCUGAGAAAGCGAGAAAGCGUAUGGGCAAGGGUAUUGUUAAACAAGCCAAGGUUGUCUUCGAGACGCCCGCUGGAAGCAAGAUUACCGAGGAGAGCGGUGCUGGUAGGAGUCGUGGGUAUGGCUUCAUUGAGUUCUACACGCAUCGUAGUGCGCUCAUGGGAUUGCGCUGGCUCAACGGACACGCCGUCGACUACAAAACACAAGCAACACAACCUAAGAGCAAGAAAGCGGCGAAGGAAGAGCAUCAGGACAAGAAGAAGAGGCUCAUCGUUGAGUUUGCCAUUGAGAACGCGAACGUCGUCGCUCGGCGCUCGGACAGGGAGAGCAAGGCCAAGGAUCCCAAGCCGGCCGACAAGGACGGGGAGGAGGCUGACUCAGGCCGCGAAAGGAAGGGCGACAAAAAGCGGAAACGCGAGUCGGGUACGGGAGGUGAGAAGGUGGGAAAGAGGAAGGAUCAGGGAUCGGGCGCCGCGGAUGCGGGUGAAGAUGCUGCGAAGAGCAAGCUCGAUGCGAAGGCCAAGCAGCGUGCACAGAUCAUACAGAAGAAGCGGAUGGCCAGGAGGACAAGAAAGCAGGGCAAAGCGUGA